AUGCGAGUGCCGGAUGACGCCGUGCCAGCAGAACAACCCCCAAAGCCGCAGCAGCGUCCAAACAAGGGCCUGAAGGCAUGGCUUCAAGUGCUUGGGGCGUUUUUCAUCUACUUCAAUACCUGGGGGCUCAUCUCAAGUUUCGGCAGCUUCCAGGCAUCUUUUGAGAAGGAUCUUCUCCGCUACCAUACUCCCUUUGAGAUAUCAACCAUCGGGUCUCUCCAGAGUUUCCUGAUGGUGUUUCUGGGAUUCGUGGCCGGCCCGGUCUAUGAUUUGGGCUACUCCCGCCAGCAACUGUGGCUCGGUUCGUUGCUCAUCGUGCUGGGAACCGUCGCGCAGAGCUUUUCGACUAAGCUGUGGCAGCUCCUCCUGUCCCAAGGCGUUGUCAUUGGCAUAGGCCUGGGUAUUCUUGCCGUUCUCGGCGUUGCUUUACCCUCACUCUGGUUUGACCGCAACCUACCCUUGGCGAACGGCGUAAAUGCAUCAGGCAGUGGUGUGGGAGGUCUUGUUCUGCCCGUCGUAUUCCGAAAUCUACAGAAUGCCGUCGGCUUCCCCUGGGCUGUUCGAACAGUAGCUGUCAUCUGUCUGGUGACCAUGGGCAUCGCCGUCAUGGCCCUCGAGACGCCAAAAGUCUCCUCAAAGCGCCGCGCUUUUGUCGACCGCUCCAUCACUCACGACAUGCCGUACCUGGCCUUCCUCGUGGCCUGCGUCUUCGUCCUGCUAGGUAUCUACACCCCGUUCGUGUACAUCCAGAGCUUCGCCCUCGACAACGGCAUCGUGAGCGCCGGUCUCGCCACCUACAUCCUCGCCAUCCUCAACGCGUCGUCCAUCUUGGGCCGCAUCGUCCCCAACUUCUUCGCCGCCGAGGUAGGCGCCAUGAACAUGUCCGUAAUAGCCACGGCGACCCUCUGCCUCUCGGCCUUUUGCUUCAUGGCAGCCCGGAAUGCGGCGGGCCUCAUCAUCCUGGCGGCCAUUUACGGCUUCGUCGUCGGCACCUUCGCCCUGCAGCCCACCAUCUUUGUGCAUCUGACGCCUGAUCCGACGUGUAUCGGCACGACGUUCGGCAUGGCUUUCACGGUCAUGUCCUUUGCGCUGCUGUUUGGCCCUCCGAUCGCCGGCGCGCUGCGAAGGGAGUUUGGCUAUGACGGAGCAUGGGGGUGGGCCGGCGCGACUCUUGGUGUUGGCAUCUUGUUUCUUGCCCUCUCGAGGGGACUCGCCAAGGGGUGGUCCCUGAAGAGCAGGGUAUAG